AUGGAUCCUAUUAGUAUAGCCUCGUCUGCUUCAACGUUAGCAGCGUUCGCCUUCCGCACUUCAAAGGAUAUCUACCAGGCUGUAGAUAGCAUCAAGAAUGCCGACGCUACGCUGUUGCAGCUGCAGAGCGAAGUGGAUGCGUUGCAGGCUGGUCUUGAGGGUAUCUCGACGACAUUUCAAAGCAGUGAGGUCGUUCAAACGUUUGCAAGGUAA